ACUCCGAAACGGGCAACAUUCAGGCAAAUGACACGUUUCCACACGGAUGAAUAUAUCCAUUUUUUGGAGAGAGUCACGCCACUAAACGUUGAGGAACUGUCGCAGCAGCAAACAAGAUUUAAUGUUGGAGAAGAUUGUCCUAUUUUUGAAGGGCUAUUUGAAUUCUGUUCUAUCUCUGCUGGUGGAUCAAUUGAUGCUGCCAAUAAAUUGACCAGUGGAGAAUCGGAUAUAGCGAUAAACUGGUCUGGAGGUCUACACCACGCAAAAAGGUUCGAGGCAUCCGGAUUUUGCUACGUGAAUGAUAUAGUGUUAGCUAUUUUAGAGCUUUUAAGGUUUUAUCAACGCGUCCUCUAUAUUGAUAUUGAUAUACAUCAUGGUGAUGGUGUGGAAGAAGCUUUUUACACCACUGAUCGAGUUUUGACUUGCUCAUUCCACAAGUUUGGACAAUUUUUUCCUGGUACCGGUGAUGUCUCGGAUAUUGGUAUUGGUACUGGGAAGUAUUACGCAGUGAAUUUCCCAUUAAAGGAUGGCAUGGAUGACUGGAAUUACCAAAAUGUUUUUCGUCCGGUAGUACAACAUAUAAUUGAGUGGUAUCGACCUGGAGCAAUAGUUUUACAAUGUGGUGCCGAUUCACUCGCUGGUGAUCGACUAGGCUGUUUCAAUCUUUCUAUGAAGGGACAUGCUGCUUGUGUCGAUUUCGUAAAAGAUUUUAAUAUUCCGCUUCUGGUUGUGGGUGGAGGUGGAUACACAAUCCGUAACGUAGCUCGUGCUUGGACGUAUGAAACUGGAUUAUUGCUUGGGGAACAGCUUAGCGAAGAUCUACCAUACAAUAACUUCUUGGAAUACUAUGGACCAAAUUACAAACUUGACGUUCCUGCAAAUAAUAUGGAAAAUAUGAACACACCUGCCUACUUAGCUGAUAUGAAAGCAAAAGUAUUUGAAAAUCUGCGGAAUAUUCCUUUUGCUCCUAGUGUUCAAAUCCAUCAACGACAGCUGAAUACACGCGUUGUUCCAGAAAAUGAAUUUUCCGAUUCUGAGGAUGAAGGUGGAAGGCGACAUGAGAGGAGUUAUUAUACUAAUGGAAAGUCAGGAGAGUCUUCAGCACGUAAGGCUCGUGCAAACAACAAAACAGCUUUACAUAAUGAAAGUGAAAGUCGUGGGUCAUCUUCGCGUUCUGGUAAGACAAACAGCGGAAUUAGAGAUCAAGGACGCAACAAACCAUCAAGGUCCAAUCAAAUAUUUGACGAUGUACUCAACACUACAGUGAGCACUAGUGUUCCACCAGCAGAUAGACCAUCGAUAAUGACUCCUUCGCCAAAUUCCUCUCGACCUCCUGCCCCACCUUCCGAUGUUGCACAAGAGGAUGUAGCAUCAGCACCUGGUACCCCACCAAUAUCAAAUGCUAAUAAUGCUAACGAAACUGUCACUGGGGCAAAUGAAACGACGACUACUACUAUGGAAAUAGAUACUGUUGAACCUGAAUCUGAGCCGAUAGCGAAAGAUGAGGAAACUGAUGAUGUUACAAUGCAAUCGUGA